AUGGACCUGCUGUUCGGACGAAAGCCUGGUCCGGCGCACAUACCGGGCGAUCGAAUCGUGCCACUCCAUUUUUUCGAGAAGAGCCCGCUUGUGAAAGACAACAACUUUGCAGUCUCUCUCGUUUUCGAUGACGUGCUCGAUCUAGAGAAACUUCGCGAGUCUCUCGAAGGACUUGUCAAGCGGGAGGGGUUGCAACUUCCUGGAGGCCGGCUUAGGAAGAAUGCCGCGGGCGAGACUGAAUGGCAUAUUCCCGCAGAGUUCACAGCUGAGCGCCCAGCAAUUGCGUUUGCCCACAUUGAUCAUGGCAUGCCUGCCGCUUCCCAUCCGGCAGCCUCCAAGAUACCGCAACCUAGUACUCAGCCUGCCAUCUUAGGUGAUCCAGAUAAUCUAGCAGACUUGGCUUGGGAGGCCGGGUACCAACCUGGAGGGAUCAGCGACUACCUCACUUCUGAUCGUCCUUGGCAACAUGUUGCAUUUGAUGACUUAGGAAUGCUGUACGUUGUGGAAGGCUGGAGCUCCAUGCUUUGGGGCAAGACGGACCAAAUCCCAACGCCAUGCGCAUUUGAUACAGAUCCAUUUGACGCACUGGCAAAAGGUUCUCGUCCAAUCACGGAACAGCACGUCUUGUCUGACAAACGAGUUAGUUUGGGCGGCUUGCUCCAAUGGGGUCUUGGAUAUGGCGUUGAUAUGCUUGUUCAUGCUAAAGAGAACCGCAUGGUUUGCACCCCCGAAACAUACUGGAGAGUGCAGUUAGAUAAAACCUUGGAGGAGCUCCGCGCCGAAGCAAUCGCGAAAGGCGAAGAUGUUUCCAAAGUGUUCUUGACUGAGAACGACAUAUUGAUGGCUUGGACCAUCCGCUGCAUUGUUAGCUCCAUGGAGAUGAACUCUGAUAGGACAGUUGCUACUUCUAUAGCCAUGUCCCUGCGCAAAGCUUUUGAAGGAGACCUCAUUCCACCCUCAGCUGAACAUCCCUAUGUAGGCAAUGCCUACGGAUGGGCCAAUGUGCUAGUCAAGGCAGGCGACGUCUCCUCCAAGCCUUUAAGUUGGCUCGCACGCACGUCCGUCGCGCGAUUAACGAGCAGGGAACGCGCGCAGAGCAUGAAGCUUAUCACGACAUGCUUCUCCAACUGGUCCAAGACGGGUCUGUUUAACCUCGAUUUUGCCCCUGCCCGCAAAACACCCAAGGCUGAUGUGGCGUGCAAACCGUCCUAUAUUCAGAAAAAUCAUGGCCCUAUCAAGCCUGCUGAUGGCUGGUUUAUCUUUGGAAAAGAUGACAAAGGAAACUACUGGAGUUCUGCUUGCAGGGUGAAAGGGCAGUGGACCAAGUUUCAGGCACAAAUUGACAACGACUUCAAGGACGCUUGA